AUGGCAAAUCAUCAACAUCAACAUCAUCAUCAUUCUUAUUAUUAUCUGAAACCUUCCAAUUUUUUUAAUGAAUAUUUUGACUGCCGUUUUGGACUCAUAAUGACCGAGUUAAGAAAAUUAUCAAUAAACAAUGCUGAUGAUGAUGAGAUAAAUGAUGAAAAAAUUAUGACGACGACAACAACAACAAUAAAUAACAAUAGUAAAAGAAAUAGUGAAACCGACAACAAUUUUGAAAUUGAAUCCACCGCAACAACAACAACAACAACAAAUUGUCCAGCCGAUUGUGAUGGUAUAACAAUGUGGCCGGAAACUAAACGGUCAAAUGUUCAUUAUAUAUUCUGUUAUGAAAUAUUGAAAAAUCUUCAUGAACGUACUGCUUUCAGUGUUGUUGAUGGUGGUGGUGGUAAUUCAAUUUCAGAUGAAACCAAUGAAAAUCAUCAUCAAAACAAUGAUUGGACAUUGUCGUCCGAUCAAAAUGAUUUUCACCAUAAUCAUCAUUCAUCAUCAUCAUCAGCAGUAGCAGCAGCAAAAGUUUCCAGAUAUUGUAAUGAUGAUGGAAUCUGGGAAUCCAGUGCAAAUUAUUCAACAUGUGGCCUAGAUAAUGAUAAAUUGUUUUUGUUGACCACAAAUCAAUUGCAGAAAAUUUUCGAAAUCCGUGAACGUAUGAUACAUAGCAAAUUUACACAGAAUAAAGAAAGUGAACAGGCAUUUAUUGAUUGUAUCGAUAAUGUACUGUCAUUGCCACCAUCAAAUCAAUUGGCCAAACCAUUCUGUGAACGUACAUUCGAUGGUUGGACCUGUUUCAAUGAUACUCCAGCUGGUGAAGUAUCAUAUUUUUCUUGUCCAGAUUUUGUAUAUGGAUUCAAUCCACAAAAUCAAGCACAUAAAACAUGUACAAAAGAAGGAAAAUGGCGUGUACAUCAUGAAACACAUGUACCAUGGACUAAUUAUACAUCAUGUGUUGAUAUUCCGGAUUUUCAUUUUCGCAACAUGAUCAUCAAAUUACACAUUGUUGGCUAUUCAAUAUCAUUGGUUGCAUUGCUAAUUUCACUUACAAUUUUUGUUUCAUUCAAAACAUUAUCAUCACAGACACGAAUACGUAUACAUAAAAAUCUUUUUGUAAGUUUUAUCAUCAACAAUUUCAUGUGGAUCGUUUGGUAUCUGGUGAUCAGGGAUGGAAAUAUUUUAUUUGAAAAUGGUUUUCCAUGUCAAGCAUUACAUGUUGUUCUACAUUAUUUUCUUGUCUGUAAUUAUUUUUGGAUGUUUUGCGAAGGACUUUAUUUACAUACCAUAUUGGUGAUUGCAUUUGUUUCGGAGGAAAAAAUUCUUAAAUGGUUCUACAUGAUUGGUUGGGCAAUACCGAUCAUAUUUGUAUCGGCAUAUGCAACAUUUCGUGCAUUUUCUUCCGAUACAAAAAACUGCUGGAUUGAUGAAAGUCCAUAUUUAUGGAUAUUAAAUAUUCCGGUCAUUAUAUCAUUUGUGUUGAAUACUUUUUUUCUUAUCAAUAUUGUUCGUGUUCUUGUUACGAAAUUACAAGCUGUCAACACGGCCGAUGCACAUCAUACAAGGAAAGCAGUUCGUGCAACUUUGAUAUUGAUUCCGUUAUUAGGCCUACAUUUUAUAUUGACACCAUUUCGUCCGGAAACAAAUGAUUCAGCAGCACGUGCAUAUGAAAUAUUUUCCGCCAUCGUUUUAUCAUUACAGGGUUUUUGUGUAUCAAUUUUAUUCUGUUAUUUUAAUGGAGAGGUUUUGACCGUUGUCAAGAAAAAAUGGAAUCAAUUCUUACUUGUACAUGGAUAUACCAGUAAUAAUAAUAAUCAACGGAUUACAUCACAUCAUGGUACAGAAAUAUCGAUUAAUCUUUCCGAUUAUGAAAUUAAUGAAAACUUUCAUCAUCAUCAUCAUCAUCAUCGUAACAAUAUUUUGAAUAAUAACGGUAACAACAACAACAACAACAACAAUAAUAAUGAAUUAAUGCAUUUGGCUGAAAAGAAUAAUAACAAGAAUAAUGGAGAAGAGAUGGAUGGAAAUUAUGUAUACAAUCAUCAUCAUAGUCAUCAUCAACAUCAAAAUCAACAACAACAACAACAACAACAACAACAACAACAACAACAAUUUUCAAGUCAAAUAACAACAGCAGAAGCAGCCGCUACAUGA